AAAAAUGGAUUUUUCACAGUACAACGAUGCUGAAAGGGCACAUCUUCAGAGAAUAAUCGAAAUGAAACAGAUGCGAGAUUUUAUGAAAUUCUACACUAAUUUGGUGGAACGGUGUUUCAACGACUGUAUUAGUGAUUUUACGUCAAAAACCUUAACUUCUAAAGAGGAAACAUGUAUAACUCGUUGUACCGAUAAGUUCCUAAAGCACAAUGAACGUGUAGGGCAACGAUUCGGCGAAUUAAAUCAACAACCAAUGCAACAACAACAAAUGCCAUCGCCACAACCACCUCAACAAAGUGGUGGUAGCAGUUGGUUUGGAAGAUAA